AUGAUGUCUUAUCAAGUGGAGUCUGAGAUGAUUGAGCCAGAAGAUGUUGAUGAGAAAGCAAAUCCUAAUGAAGGUUUAAUCGUGGCGUGUGGAGAGGAAACUGAUGUUAAUCAAGUGGAGACUGAGAUGAUUGAGCGAGAAGAUGUUGAUGAGAAAGAUAAUCCUAAUCAGGGUUUAAUUAUCACAAAAGGAGAGGAAAUUAGUGAUAAUCAAGAGGAGUCUGAGAUGAUUGAGCCAGAAGAUGUUGAUGAGAAAGCAAAUCAUAAUGAGGAUUUCAUUAUCACAAAAGGUCCGGCUAAGAUUCUUUCGCGUUAUCUUCGUGAGCGUAGGAGUUCCUGCCAUGAUUUAUGCAAAUAUGGUAUCCAGCAUGCCACCGAAGAAAAACCAUGGAAAACAGCAAAGAAAAGGAGGGAAAGAAAAGCCAAUGUAACUUCAUUGGAUGGGACUGAUAAAUCAGGAAGUUCACAACUUCGUAAUUAUGGUGUUGACAUCAAGGAAGUAAUAACAAAUGAUAAAACAGCAAUUUCCGAAAAAAUUUUAACACCUUAUGAAGAAAUAGAGGUUUCCAUGGAGCAUAAUAACAGCGACAUGGUACGAGAAAGUGCUGAGGUAUCUUCUCUUCAUGUGAAGGAAUGUUCCAAAAGUCAAAGAAAAUCGAAAUUAGUCAAAAACAAAUGUGCUUUUGGUUCAAGCAGCAAAAAAGAAACUGCAAUCAGAAGCAACCAGAAAACAACAUCUUCCAAUGGAGGAAAGGAUAAGUCAUCAGCAUCAAGUUUUCUCUUGUCUUCAAAACAAAAUGUCAAGAAAUCGUCAAGCUCAAGUGAGACUGCCAAAAACUUGAAAAGAGUGUCUUCUACGAAAAAUCAUGAGAAUGGUGAAGAAGUCAACAAUUUACCAGAGAAAAUUUUGCAUGCCAUUGAACCAACCAUGGAAAAUUUAUCCGAGGAACCUACUACUCUGGCUUGUGGUGCAACUAAGCCACCUUCUCCUUCACCUUCAUCGUUGUCAGCGUUAAAGGACAAAAGCUUAAAGAGGACCAGUAAGAAAACUGGCAGGUCUGCGGGGUCUGCAUCUUCAAGGAAGGGCCUUAGACAUGUUGGACAUGGAACACUGACUCAUCAAUCCUCAGGGAACAAAUUCAAAACAAACAUACAGCUUAAAACACACAGCAUUUCGCGAUCAUCAUCAGCGUUAUCAUCCGUUUCUUCAUCUAACUCUUCCCUCAGAAAACAAAAUGGUACUACUUCUAAGCCCAACAAAACAGGACAUGUUAAUCAGGGUGAACAUUUGAAGGUAGGGUACAAAAUCAGGCCAAAGAGGACCACAGUAGUUGGGGGAGCAAAUAAAGCUAUUCCAUCAAGGAAGUUAACUUUUAGGAGAGGAAACGUGAUUGAAAUUCAGCCUCAAAGCAACAACAUUCCAAGGAGACUCAAAUUCAAGCCGGUGCGCUUGCUUGGCGAUGACGCCAGAAGAGAUGCAAAUGGCACAAGAAAAAGGAUCAUUACCAAAAAGGAAGCGGACGGUGCUGAGUUAAAUGGUGCAAGUAUCAAAACAGAGAAAAUACUCAAAUUCAAGCCGGUGCGCUUGCUUAGCGAUGACGCCAGAAGAGAAGCAAAUGGCACAAGAAAAAGGAUCAUUACUGACGGUGCUGAGUUAAAUGCUGCAAGUAUCAAAACUGAAAAAAUUGAUCUUAAGCACCAAACUACGGAAAGAGGUAAAAGCAGAAGUUUGGCAAGAAAGGUUGGUGGUGUAGAUAGAACCAAGGUAUCUGGUUCAAAAUCAGGAUCUGAGAAAGUUGUUUUGAGGCAUCAAAACGUAGAAGGGAGAAAACAAAAUACAGGUUUGUAUAAUAAUGUCAUUGAAGAAACUGCAAGCAAACUUGCUGGACUAAGGAAGAGCAAGGUUAAGGCUCUAGUUGGUGCAUUUGAAACCGUGAUAUCUCUUGAUUCUCCUCGAGAGGCCGCAACUGCAGAAGCGUUCUAG